CGAUAUGUAAAUAUUCAAAAUGGCGACUUUCUUUGGCGAAAUCUUGCCAGUCACGUCUCGUGCGGUUGACGACGAUGAUGACGAAGAAGAUGACGUACCCGUUGCAAGUUCCUCCUUUGUACACUGGUCAUCAAAGACAAGAGAGGAAAUGGAGAAGACGUCCACUAAAAAAUUGCCAUGUGACACCCUCAUCGUUGCUGUGGGACCAGCAGCCACAGGAUUCACACAAGCAUUUAUUAUGCAAGACAGAUAUGAGACUCUUGGAGGAGUCUUCAGCGGUCUAAAAGAUCGGGAUAUUGUGACACUCGGCCAGCAGUCGGCUACGGACAAAACAUGCUUCCUGUACAGAUCCCUUGACAGUCCCGGGGUGGUCGUGUGUCAGUGUAAGACUGAUGUAGCACAGGAACAGUGUUUCUCCUGGGUGGAAGAGGUUCUAAGUAGUUUUGAGCUCUCCAGUUGUUAUGUGGCUGUGCUAUGCUCUCUGAUGACCAGCGAAUAUAAAAGUGACAUUCCAAUCUCAGAACUCACAACCCCAUUUUUGCGAGGGUUGAAGACGGCACAUUACCCAGCAUCCCCUGCAUGUGCGAUCCUGGAGCAGCCGAGUAUGUUGACCGGACUUCCUGCUCAAGUGAUGAGCUACUGUGAGGUGCACAAGGUGAAGGCCGUCGUCUACAUCAGCUACACUGACUCCAUCUUCCUCGACCUGCCCACGAUGAAGAUGUUUAAACCACUGCUUAAAGCUACACCUCUCAAGAACAUUGUCAAGAGCAAUCCCCAAGGUGACAAGAUGCUGCUGAAGAUUGUUGACCAACACACAAGUCAAAACACUCUGUACUUGUAGAAGUGAUCUGCGCAGGACACGGCCUCCUUUGGGCAUGACCUCCUUUGUGGACACUUCUAUUGACAGUGUAUAAGAUGAAGACUGUGGACCUGUUGGAGCCUUCCAUGAACAAUCACUCAUUGCAUCAGUUAACAUGGUCUUUGAUCCCUGCUUGGGUGGUCCUGUCUUGUCACCCUAAGGACACGAGUUUGAGUCCCAUGUGGUAUGUGGGUGAAGCCUAUUCUUGCUAUCCUGACAUUAACAGAAUAUUGCUAAAACAUAAUUUUAAACCAUGGGGCAAAGCAGCCUUGACUGAAGGCAGUGGGGUGGCACAGUGGUUCAAGUGCUUGCCUGUCAAAACAGACUCGAGUUCAGUUCCCAUCAUG